AUGGUGCGUAAGGUUGGCAAUGCGCUUCCCCCGCAUGGACGCACCCGACUCACCCGAUGGUUCAUCACAGACUGCGCGAAUACAGCACGUACAAUCCUGCAAGACCGUUCGACCCUUCCGACCGCCUUGUUCGCGCAAAUCGAAUCAUAUGUCAAGCAGUCCCUACCGCAUCUGAAGUCUGCAGCCAUCGCAGACAAGUGUAGAGAUUUCGACUUGGUAGGCAUCGAUCUGUGGAACUACUCUGCACAUCUUCUCCACGAGGAUGGCCCUCGCGACCCGCGGAUCAAGGUGGUCAACGAGGUGCACUCUGGUGUCGUCACCCGAGUGUUUGCGCUUCUACUUCUUGCAGCCGCCCAUGCCGUUUCAAGCCGCCACAACACAGAUGAUCCAGGACAGAAGAUUCGUAUCAUGAAAGUGGCUUUACGAGCUUCUCGAUUGUGCUUGGAUCGAGAGGAGCUCGAGCUAGCUUCCAUAUCUCUCCAAAGAUGCUCUGACUUUAUACCUGUUGAGUCUGCAGAAGACGUUCCUUUGAUCCGAAUUGCAAACAACCACACGAAAGAUCAGGAGUGCUCGCACGAUGACUUCGGUGCUCUUGUCAACGAGUACUACCUCCUCCGAUUGCUGCAUUCUUGGAAGUCUGAUCGCCUAGACCUGGCAGAUCAUUUCUACUCCAAGAUCUCACAACGAGCAGACUGCGCCGAAGCAGAUAUGACCGUGAAACAGGCUGAUCUGAUGUACGAGGUUGCGCGGUCUCUCGCGAAGACCGGACAGUCGGACAUCGCCGUGAAGUGGUUUGAACGUGCCAUCGCCACGUUGGACAGAUGUGACGCUCAAUCAGUCACUCAGGACGUUGAGGAGUUGCGACUCUGUACUGGAGUUGCAUUCGUCGAACUGCUAGUCUCGGAUGAGCGGGAUGUCUCCCACCAACGGGCCUGGGAAAUCCUCGAGCAACUGGAAGCCACCCACGGACUCUACAAUCGUGUCGCAGUCCAGGCCACGCGUUUCAGGAUCCUAGCUGCACAACGGCAAAUCGAUGAAGAGCUGAUACUCCAAAGUCUUCUUCGCAUCGUCAAAAUGACUGUGCUAACGGAGAGUUCUUUCAAAACAGCGAUGAAGGUGUUGCGACAGGCGUCGAAGGUGGCCUCGUCAUCCUCGUUGACCGCGCUGGCAGAACUCAUCCACACAAGACUGCUCCCAGAGCUGCGAGAUACGCACGAAAAGGACAGUACGAUACAGUGCUGGCUCGAAAAGGCAACGGUUGCAUACAUUUUGUGCGCAAAAUCACCAGCUUCGACGCCACAAGAGAUUUCGGUUGUAGGGAUACGAGAACUGCUCGACCGCAUUAAGAGUGAGAUUCCCGCACUUUGUUUCACGGGAAAAGCCACGCACGCUGCGCAGACUUUGAUCUGGCAAGCUGCCACAGGACCUAACACCGGAGAAUGGCUACAUUUGCUUAGACAUCCUGUAUUCGACAACGCUGGUCACUUGAACAAGGCUCGAGUCGGCAGGAAAUUGAUGCGCCAUGCAAUGGACCAUGAAGAUUUCUCCGCCGCUCGCGAAGCGUUCUUUCAAAUGCCCAAGUCUACGCAGGAUGAAAGCAUCACUCGGUAUCUGGCCUUCAAACUCGCACUUCAGUCACAAGACGACGAACUAGCGAUGGACAGCCUGAAAGUCGUGGCAAGAAAGGCAGGCAAUGAUCCCACAUACCUGUACGCAUGCGUGAUUGAAGCUCAGAAGUCCUCGAUGCGACAUAUGGGUGUCGCCGCUCUGCAGGCAAUCGUUGGAAAGCGACCUCAAGGCGUGAAUCUCACUGCUUUGCUGCGCUGCACGGCAAGAUUGCUUAUGACAGAGCUUGACGAACCGGGCCAGAACCUGGAUGAAGUGGCCCUACAAGUGAUUGAAAUCUUUGAGAACGCUUUUCGCUCAGUGGACGAGCUACGAAAGCUCUCCAAGGAUUCCUGGAGAACGGAAGUCCAGUGGUGGAGUAAGAAUGCGUACAAUCUCGGCGUUCGUCUCUGCACAGACAUUAGACCGGAGUCGACGGUCCGCCUGUUGGAGACAUGCACCUCCUUCAUGGACAACUGUCCCAUGGAAGAUGCUGCAGACCUUGAGAGUGACAUCGAAAACCGCCGGAUGCUCUGUGCCUAUCUGGCAACGACAGCUUUGGUCGCCCUUGGACGCUCAGGUAGUGAGGACGACGAAUACACACUCCAAGGCUACCUGCAUGCCCAGAAGCAUAUCAAGACCUUCAAACAGCUCCAUGCGAAGCUUAGACGCACAAUGCACGGAGACACAGCAAUGCAACACGAGCAACGCCACUUCUCCGUGCUCAAAUUUGAGCUUGAAUGCAUCCUCAGACUCCGCCAAUGGCACAACCUCGAGGUCGCCUUGCAAGCCUGUCUCAACUCCAACAUCGACGAGCAUUGGGACACCCUUGCAGACAUCGUCAUCAUCAUCCAUGAUCAGCUCGAUACUCACAGCCUCGGCUCCGAGACUGACACUCUGAUCCGCGAUGUCCUCCAGCGCGCGGUCGACCAUUGCUGGAAAGCUCAGUACGAUAUUGUAAAGAUCGCCCGCUGGCUGCGCUUCGCUUUCACCCUCUGUCUCGAUCACAUACAAGACGACUUCAGCUACAAGCUCCUACUGCAAGCUGCGACUAUCGCGGAGAAGGCUCGUUCUCCCGAUCAACCCUCGCAAGAUCUCUACCCAGAUGCGGAGUUGCAAUGGCUCGCUACUACAGGAUUCAAUCAUGCGGUAGACUUGAUUGCAGUGGAGAAUCAUACAGAGGCGACCAAGUGGAUGGAAGGCGCGUUGGAGUUGGCAAGGUGGGUGAUGGACGAGGGGGCGCUGCAUGCGCUGUUUACGGAGAAGAGGAGACUGGCUGAUGAGCGCGCGGCGAACACACGUGGGUGA